AUGGCAAAAGCAAAUUCUGAAAUGAUAUCUGGCCAUUGGGGUUGUGGUUAUACUCCAAAAUUCAUGGAAAUUAAGCUGAAUGAUAAUUUCUUAUCCAGGGAAAAUUCGAAUGGGGAGGCUUCUUUUAGAAUCUUGUACUACGGUGGCGCAGCCGGUGCUGUGCCGUUCAUGUGGGAGUCUCAGCCCGGUACCCCGAAACAGUCAAUUUCGGACGCCCCUCUUCCGCCGCUUUCUCCGCCACCUUCUUAUCAAUUGAGUCCCCAAAUGAAGUCCAUGCACAAGCUUUCAAAGUCCCAUGUUUUUCACUCCAUCUUUGGUUCCAAGAAAAUGAACGUUUCAUCAUCAUUUUCAUCAUCUCCGUCUUCAUCAUCACGUUCUUCCUCGUAUUCACUGACCUCGACACCAAUGAAUAGGUCAUUUACAAGGCGGCAUUUAAGAUCAGCACCCCGUUCUGGAUUAGACGAGGAUACGGUUGACAAGGGAGCGAAUUCUCCAACCGAAACGUCGUGUUUCGGCACUGGAGAUGGAAGCUCAAGGAGAUUUGGGAGUUUUUCCCGAAUGAAGACUGUCAAGAAGGCGUUCUUGUCCAUUACCAGAAAAUUGUUUCUCACCAAGGCACUUGCUCAAGCUUUCAUCAUAAACCUAAGAGAUCUAUUACCAAAAAUACUACCUCUGCGGGAAUUAAUCCGGUAUGCUGUUGUUCAUCACCGAUGGAGUAAAGAGAAGAUCCCAAAUCUUGAAGGGGUUGGUGCAGGUUUGAACCUAAAGUCAGUUGUAAACCACUUCUGUAUACACCCUGGUGGUAGGGCAGUCAUUGAUGGAGUUGGCAAGAGUCUAGGGCUAACCGAAUACGAUCUUGAACCAGCUCGAACGACACUUCACCGCUUCGAAAACACGUCGGCCAGUGGCCUCUGGUAUGUUCUAGGCUACAUGGAGGCUAAAAGGAGACUUAAGAAGGUUGCUCAAGCUUUCAUCAUAAACCUAAGAGAUCUAUUACCAAAAAUACUACCUCUGUGGGAAUUAAUCCGGUAUGUUGUUGUUCAUCACCAAUGGAGUAAAGAAAAGAUCCCAAUUCUUGAAGGGGUUGGUGCAGGUUUGAAUCUAAAGUCUGGUGUAGACCACUUCUGUAUACACCCUGGUGGUAGGGCAGUCAUUGAUGGAGUUGGCAAGAGUCUAGGGCUAACCGAAUACGAUCUUGAACCAGCUCGAAUGACACUUCACCGCUUCGAAAACACGUCGGCCGGUGGCCUCUGGUAUGUUCUAGGCUACAUGGAGGCUAAAAGGAGACUUAAGAAGGGUGAUAGGGUUUUCAUGAUAAGUUUUGGUGCUGGUUUUAAGUGCAACAAUUGGGUGUGGCAAGUUAUGAGGGACAUGGAGGAUGCUAAUGUAUGGAAAGACUGCAUAGAAAAAUACCCUCCAGAAACCCUAAUCAAUCCUUUCCCAGAGAAGUAUUGGUGGAUCAAUGAUGAACGCUUGAGCUUUCUUAGAAUUGAAGAUAUUCGAUUUACUUUAUUUUCUAUUUAG